UGUAGGCAUCCAAGGGAGAUGUCAAAGUGUCUUUUAAAUUGAAAUAUUUAGAUAUAAUUACAUGCAUAUUAAUUAUAGCCUAUAAUAGUGUAGGCCCUGCGUUGGGAUACUGUAGGAGCCGGGGUUUUUUUGUUUGUUUUUUUGUUGUUGUUUUUUGUGGGGUACGCAUGUCUCGAAAACAGCUGUGUCCUCCCUAGUAAUCGGAGGCCGUUGAGCUACUGUAUCACCGACACUUAUUUGGGAACUUUUUUGUUGCGUUCCUACCGAGUUGUUGGCCUUGGAUAGCUUUUGUUGUCGGCCUUUUCAGCAUUAUGGUGGAAGAAGAAUUUACAAUCAUUUGAGUAAAGACAAGUAUACAGUAUGGAGAAGCAGUAUUCGGAAGAAUUCUUUUGUACAUUUGUGGAUAACUUGCAGAAACUCUGCAGGAACUUUUUGGACUUUGAACAAGUAUGUGAAGUGAGUGGUUAUGUAUGUCUAAUGAUGGACAACUCAAAACAAGAACGUUACGUACUCAGUGAGAUGGUACAUAACUCGGGGAGUGUGAUUAGCGAAAGCUACUGCACAAAAGCUUUCCGAACACUACCACUAUUGAGGAAUGUUCCCCAUCCAAGAAAACACUAUGAACAUGAUUUCAGUCCUGAGUUUGAUGAGGACUAUGACAGUUCUAUGGAUAGCUGUACACACAGUAGCAUGGAUAGCUUUUCUGGUGAAGUACCUCAUGGUUUGGCCAUCUCGGAUGUUCAGUCACUGUCAUCUAGUCACAAACAUCCGGCAGUUGCACCCAACUUGAAUAGCAGAAAUCCCAGUCACGUGACAAAAAUGAAAUGUCCAGAAAAACCAAGGAUUUCAUCAAACAAAGAUAUUAUGAUGAAAUCUGAAACCCAUGUGGAAUCGGACCCUAAGAAUGUGGACAAAAAGAGGACCCUGUCUCCAAAACCUCAGAAGAUCAUAGUGAAACAGGAGAUAUGUGAAGAGGAAGAGGACACAUAUGACCACAGUAUUAAACCAGAUUCAGCAACUGCCACCACUCAUAAAGAGCCAUUUUACCCACACCAACGACCUCCUGUGCAGCAUGGUUUUGUGCAGCAUGAUGCAAACCAAAGAAUACAUGGAAUUGAGGAGGGAUUAGUGCAGAUCAAACAAGAACCUGAAGACACCGAUUUCAUUCCCAAUGUGGAAAUUAAUUCUAAUAUCAGUGACUUGAAUAUUUUAAAAGAAGAAUUCUUGAUUGCUGAGCCAAUAGGAUUCUUAAAAUCCAAAGAGUUCACACCUUGUACAACGGGACCAAAAACCAAAAGAACACCAAGGAAAGUGUAUGUACCCUUGAGCACUGCUUCAAGACCAGGAGGAAAUAGAGAGAUCCAGCCAAGGAAGUUUAUAAAGUUAGUACAGUCCAACCCUUCAGACGAGGGAAGAGUUGCACGACCAUGUCACUCACCUGAACAUCUCCAUGACGACGAACAUCCAGAUUCAGAUAGUGAGGACUUUAUGUAUGACUCGAAUGAUUCAAUGAAUGACUCUUGUUCUGACAUGGAGGACCAUCACUCUUAUCCAUCUGAUCAAAUGAUACACGGUCAUCCAGAUUUGCCUUUAGAAAGACACCAUACCUUUCCUUCAAGACAUAUGGACAAAGACACUAGCGGGUCCCAGAGUAGACCUCACUCUUUAGCACCAAGUCAUAGUGAACAAGACUCGACUAGCUUACCAGUGGAAAAACAACAACCCUGUGCUUCAAGUCAGAAAGACCAAGUUUCCAAUCUGCCUCCUGAUAGUCAUUCUACAUUUGCACCAGGUCGUAGUGAAAAAGACACAGCUAGCUUGCCAGUGGAAAAGCAGCAUGUCUUUGUUUCCAGUCAUGUGGAACAAGGCACUGAGUUACCAUCAGAUAAACAUGACACUGCAUCCAGUGACAGUGAAGAAGAGAGUUCCAACUUGUCAACAGACGGCCACCAUACAUAUGUUUCUGGUCAUGCCGAACAAGGCCCCGACCUUGCUCCAGACAGACAGAGUGCUGUACUACCAGGUCCUGAAAAAGAUGGUCCUAAUUUGUCCGUUGAAAGACAGGAUACAUAUACUUCAAGUCACAUGGAACAAGGCAUUGCUUUGCGAGUGUCUGCUACGAGUCAGGGAGAAAAAGACAAUUCCAAGUUGCCUGUUGAAAGACAAGAUGCAUAUACUUCAAGUCACAUGGAAAAAAGCAUUGCUUUGCGUACAGUGACUGCAUUAUCCAGUAAAAGUGAACAAGAAAGUCCCAGUCUGACUAUUGAAAGACAAGAUACAUACACUUCAAGUCACAUGGAAAAAGGCAUUGCUUUGCGUACAGUGACUGCAUCAUCCAGUAAAGGUGAACAAGAAAGUCCUAAUCUGACUAUUAAAAGACAAGAUACAUACACUUCAAGUCACAUGGAAAAAGGUAUUGCCUUGCGAACAGCUACUGUAUCAAGUCGUGGAGAAAAAGACAAUUCCAAGUUUAUUGAAAGGCAAGAUACUUACAUCUCGAGUCACAUGGAGAAAGGUAUUGCUUUGCGUGCAGCCAUUGCAUUAAGUCCUAAUUUAUCUAUUGAAAGGGAAGAUGUUUACACUUCUAGUCACAUGGCAAAAGGUAUUGCCAUGCGUGCAGCAGUAAUGUCAGGACAUACUGAAAAAGACAAACCGAAGUUGCCUGUUGGAAGACAAGAUACCUAUACUUCAAGUCGUAUGGAACAAGGCAUUGCUAUGCGUGCAGCAAUUACUUCAGGUCAGGUUGAGCAAGAUCCACUUGAUAGUCAUUACAUGUAUGAUCCUCAUCAUAGGGACCAGGUUACAUCUACCAUAUCUACAGAGAGUCCCCAUCAGUUCAUUUCCAGUCCAAUGGAACAAAAACUGACCAGCUUGCCCAGUGAUUGCGUCAAGACCACUGCUUCUGGGCAUGUGAUAAAAGCUCCAUCAAGCCUGUCUAAUAUCUCAUUGAUGGAGGAAAGUGGAGAUGAGAUUAUUGAACUGGAUAGUGAUGAUAUUGAAGAAGAUGAAGGUUUGGCUGCAGCUACUGCAUCUUUGUCACAACACUCGUUUUCUCAGUCUCAGCCAAAUGAACCUUCUACGUCUUCACAGAGCAUCGUGGCGAAAGAACCUCAAAGGCACAUGCAGUACGCGAUAAACCUUUUUACUGAAUAUCACAGACAACAAGGUUAUUCGGAACCCAUGCAUUUGAUACCACCUCAGAAACUUGAUCUGUUACUGGCUAGCUUUUAUGAAAAUGUCAAAAAAAACAAAACAGGUGAAGAUUUCACACCCUUUUCUCUCAAAAAUAUUCAAAAUCGCCUACAAAAAUAUUUGCGUGAACACAAUUACCCAUACUCUAUUACAAGUGACAGUGCCUUUAGCAAAUCACGAGAAAUUCUAAGGAUUAAAAUAGAAGAGCUCAAGGUAAAGAACAUCCCUCAGAAAGUGGAUAUGGUAACAGAAGAGGAUGUUGAAAUCUUGUUCCAAAAGAACCAACUUGGUGCGUGUUCUCCUGACACUCUGUUUAACACAAUGUGGUUUAUUAACACUAUGUUUUUGGGUAUCAAGAGUCGAAUUGAACACUGCAACCUCAAGUGGGGAGAUAUUGUUCUCAAUAUUGACCACACAGGCAGAGAAUUUCUUAGAUAUGCUGGCCCAAAACAGAGUGUGAAGAAUCGCUCUAAACCUUUGUAUGCCAACAUUGAUGAACCAGACAGGUGUUUUGUGGAACUUUACAAGAUUUACGAGGAUAGAAGACCACCGGAGUUGUUGAUGGCUGAUGCUCCAUUUUAUGGUACUGUAAUCAAAUUUCCAACAGGUGAACCAUGGUUUUUACCCGAGCCAACUCCCUCUACCAGAUUCAACGGCAUCUUGCAGAAGAUGGCAAAAGAAGCAGGUCUAGCGCCUGGUCGAAAGUUCACCAACAGCAGCUGCUAUGUCAAAUAACUU